GGCAAGAACCUCGUCUACACCGCCCCCACAUCGGGCGGAAAAACGCUGGUCGCCGACAUUUUGAUGAUGCGAAGGUGUCUCUACGAGGGGAAGCGGGCGUUGAUCCUCCUUCCCUUCGUCGCAAUGUGCAACGAACGGAUCAAGGCCCUGCAGCAAGUCUGGGGUCACCUGGUGCGGGUGCAGGGCUUCUUCGGGCAGGCGCAGACUGGCAACUGGUACCCGGCGGUUGACGUCGCCGUGUGCACGUAUGAGAAGGCCAAUUUACCCUGUGCAAAAGUAUCGCACUCGUGCAAAUUCUAGCACAGUGCGACCGAUACCGAUUUUCUUGCUCAUCUUCAUUCGUCCGAAUUAUCCGAUGCAUGAACAAUUUCUCUCUAAACUAAAAACUUUGUCGUGACGUGAUUUCCAGUAGUACGAAGAUGCCAAUGCUUUUGUCAUGCAUACGAAUCCCUGAUCAACAAGUGGAUCGAGGAGCGACAGCUGCACUUGAUCGGAACCCUAAUCGUAGACGAGUUGCACAUGAUCACGGACUAUCAAAUGCAAAAAUGUCUGGGUCUGGAAGAAUGGAACUUGUGAUGCUAACUUUGGACUCUAGAAAAAUCUGUAAAGUAAUGCAUGGCCAGCGAAAGGAGUCUAGUUUGUGCUACGCGGGGAGUGCGUUAUUUGUCAUGCGGAGUAGGCAUCAGGAAGCCCGCUCAAAAUCUGUGAUGCGCGGUCGUGCAUUACAAACAUCCUGGGUCAUGCAGAACAUGCAUGACAAAUCUCAGAAUCUUCCAGACCCAGACAUUUUUACAUUUGAUACGGACGCGGACCGUGGCUGGAUACUAGAGCUGAUCCUCACAAAAAUUCGCCUGUAUUCACGCUUGUCCGUUGACGUCGACACCAGCAUGACGAAUCACGUUCCCGCGGGGGAAGAUGAUCCAGAUCCGCGGUUGCGGGUAACUUCUAGUCUUGCGCAAUGCCAAAGAACCACGAAAACCGCAAUCGCAAAAAAUCCGUUGCACCACCGGGAGCACGUGAUUCCGCAGAAGUUAGACUUGCAAAUCAUCGGGUUGUCCGCGACUCUCUCCGACUUGCCCGUGCUCGCGCGGUGGCUCGAUGCGGGCAUGUACAAUACCCGGUUCCGCCCGAUUCCGCUUUUGUACCGCGUCAAACUCGGACAGCACUUCUAUCCCUUUUCACCAGACGACAUAAAGAGGUUCAGGAAGCAUGUGCAAGAUUUCAACGCGGAGGUGCAAAGGAUAGAGGAAGAGGAAGCUGCGGAAACAGCUGGAUUGGCGGCAAAGGCGUUGCAGCCAGCAGGAGUUUUGCCGAUGGUAUUAGAUGGAGCGAACACCAGGGAGAUGGAAGAAGGUGUGCAACAAAUGGAAAUAGAGGAUGAGAAUCCUGUGCGGCUGCAGGCCAGCCAGAAAUUGGUGGAAGGGAGCCACACAGCGCCAAUACCCGGUGCGGGCUGCCCGGAUCAUAGCGGUGGAGGGAACGAGCAAGUAGACACAGGCGAGCCUCCGUUGAAGCGCACACGAAUCGAAAAUCGAAUGAUUAUGCACCCAAAACAACCCGCAGCCACAGGCGUUCCGGGUAGUGGUGGACCUGUUGGCGCGGCGAGCGCGUCAUCGGGUGUCACUGCUCAAAACUUCAGGCCGUUUUCCAAUACUUUCAACUACAACUACGCUGGUGGUCCUCUACCGCAGUCUACUUUCCCUUCGCUAAAGAAAAGCGCAGUCCCUGACGCAGUCAGUUUUCCGCAGCAAUCGGAACCUCCAGCUGUAGAGUCAGCAUCCAGUGGUCUGCUUCGACGUGCAAACGGAAUAAAUCCGCCUCGCCCACUACCUGCUAGCACUGGCCAUGUCUCGUCGUGUCUGAGUGGCAAUCUAACGUCAGAAGAGAAGCGCCACGCCCCUCCGCAGCCACCUCAGCCUGCACACACGCUAAUCUUGCCUCCAACACCAUCCCCAUCUGCUCAGCUCCAGCUGCCAACGGCGGCUGGUGCCCCGUUUCAUAAUAUGAUUACAAAACAAGCUCAUUCUGAGCCGCCAGGUAGAGUUCUGCCGCAGCAUCAAGCCAACAAUAGUCGCCCGUUGGGGUUGGCGCCUGACGAUCACACUCUUGGCGUUACGGAAGCGGCAGCGAAAGCGUUUUCAGCGUCGGUCUCUGGUGCUGAUGCGACACUAGGUCAUGCGAACGACACACCUUACGGACAUUCAAAGACAGCACCAGCAGGCCUCGAAGAGCAGCCUGGCACUGCCACCGCAGCUCAACCUCCUGUAGCUAACCAAGAACUACCCCAAACCGCGAAAUCUGCCCCAGCAGUGUUGCCUGCUCCGGUGCAGCACCCAUCGAAACCGAAGAACCUCCGCCAGCACUAUCCGAAAGAACUUUUCAAAAAGCCAGCGGUGAGAGCGCUCCACGCAGACAACAUCUUGCGCAUCGAUCAGAAGAACAAAAAUUCGAAAGAAAAUCUGCCACCCCUCCCAAAAAAAUUCACGCCGAUCAAGCCAGACCUGUUUCAGUUUUGCCCGCGCGGGCGGCAGCUGGUUCUUUACCAGUUUGAGAACGAGCAGAAAGACGCGGUCAUCACGACGACGUACGAGGGAAUGCUGAAAAACGAGUCUUGUCUCUCCUUUUGCAGCUCAAAAAAAUGGUGCGAGGGGCAAGCGGAAAAGAUAAGCAGUGCGGUCAAGAGCAAGGUCCUGCGAGAUCUGAAAGCGGAAAUCGGGUCGGUGGACGCGCUGGAACCGGAAGAGCUUUUGGCCGCCAUGAUCAAGAACCUCAAGGACUACAAGGCGCAACUAAAGAUCAUCGCGAAGGAGCACGAAGACGAAAAGGAACACCAACUGGCGCAGGAGCGACAAGAAACCGAACACUUCAUCCACGAUGAACAUCGAGUGAAGCAGCAGUCCUCUCCGCCUCCAUUUGCUUCGCCGGCGGGAGUUAUUGCGCUUGCGCAAUCCGCAACGCCGCAGCCGGGAGCUACUGGACCGCCGAAGGCACGUCCGCGCGAUUCGAUUCAGUCGUUCAUCUCCAGUUGCUUGUCCCAAAUCGACCCGAUCGAGGCCCGCAAAGAGAUGCAGAAAAGGAAACCAGUUCCGGCACACGCACCGAAUAUGACGACGAACGUGCAGCAACGGCGCAAUUCGCGGUGGAACAACAUUCCAACACAGAUGGACGGUAUCGUGUUCGAGGAGCCGCAGGUUGUCGAACAUCCAAACAAGAACGACCCAAACUGGAUGCACGCCGCCGAUCAUGCAAAUCGCAACUACUGCAGUCAGCAACGAACACCCACCAACUUGAUUCAUUCCUACCUGUGCAAAAGUGAGUACGGCGCUAUCGGCGUCCUAGAAAAACGGCUGGAGUGCAUCGAGGCACUAAAGAGCCGCUGUCCGUCGGGCCUUUGUCCGGUCCUGCGCAAUACCGUCCCACUCGGCAUCGCCUAUCACCACUCAGGAUUACUCACGGAAGAACGCGCGAUUUUGGAAGAGGCUUUUCGCACCCGAGUCCUGCUUGUUUUCUGCUGCACGACGACUCUUGCGGUUGGCGUGAAUUUACCCUGUCGCCGGGUGCUGCUUUGCAGUCUGAAAACCGGCCCGGUCACGGUCGACCUCCCGAGGUUUCUGCAAAUCAUUGGCCGCGCCGGCCGAGCGGGCUAUGACACGGAGGGGGAGUGUGUGGUGUGUGUGGAAAAGAAAGAAUCGAAGGUGAUUUCUGAACUGCUGACCGGC